CACCGACGGAGGAGGGGGAUCUGCCCAGUUGAUUCUGUGUUCUUCCAGUUCCUGGCUUCAGGAUCACAAAUGAAAGGCAGGUUUCCCCGGUUUGCUUCUGCCCGGAGGAAAAGAGAGGGGAUACGGUUUCCUCGACAAUGGAAAUUCAAUCAGGAAACGGAGAGGACGUGGUGAGUGGCGAGUCACUGCCGACCCCGGGCUCUGUUUCCUCCUCGUCGUAUCUCCCUGGCCCUCAGGCAGAGGCCGCAGACGACCGAGUGCUCCGGGAGGACCCGCUCACUGCUAAGACCAUCGAGAGGUUUGACAUCCCCUUGAGCAGCCUGAAGAGAAUGUUUGAGAACCCCUCUGGACCAGACAACACAGAAGUGAGAGCCAUACAGUCCACCCUGUCCAGAAGAGCCCCAGCCAGUAACUCUCAGGUGCAGCAGAGGAGGGACCAUUCACCUGGAAAGAAGAUGGCUUCAUCUCAAGACCCCAUUCCCUCUGCAGGCAGCGCGGGUGGAACCAGGUCUGGACAUCCUAAGGAAAGGGAAGGGGUGGAGACUCAGAGAAACGGAGAGGGAGGAGCCGAAGCCAGCCAGGAGGCGGAGCCAGAGCCUGUGUCACUGAAGGAGCGCUUGGCCAUGUAUCAAGCAGCUGUUUCCAAGAAGGAGGCGAGCAGCUCCUCCACCGGGGUUAUGGAGGAGACAGAACCCUGUUCGUUGCCCGGGGGACUUGCCAGUGUGAAGAAACAGUUUGAAAGCCAGGAGUGUAGCUCCUCCUCCCUGUCCCAGACCAGUGUCACCCAGCUGCACUUCGAAAAGAGAUCCGUGAAGGAGGUGUCCAGCACACAGGAAGUGACUGUGAGGAGCAGUGUCAGGGAAGUCUCGUCCGCCACUCAGCAGGGGGCGUACCUCCAUGGCCAGGAGGUCACUCAAGAUCAAGCUCAGCAAAGUAAUCUGGCCUCCAGCUAUGAAAAUCAUUACGAUGAAACAGUUACAGUCAUUGGAGGAGAGGACCUACCAAAGAUCUCCACCCAGGCUUUGAAGCAGCAGUAUGAGAAGACUAUUGAGGAGGCCACACCGAGCAAGCAAAUUAAGAUUGAUCUGGAUUAUAGUCAGUUUCAAUGGGCACCAGUGAACCAGUUAUCCUCAGCGGCUGCUAGCCACGAAAGUUUGUCUACUGUGAACCAGUCAUCCAGUGCUACAACAGCGACAAGCUAUGAAGUCUCAUCCAGCACCAGGACAGAGGCUGCCUCAUCCAUGGCCUACGAGACCAUGGAGCACUUCCCUCCCUCGCCCACUGAGCCGACGCCCCGGGAGGUCUCAGAGUGCCGCGAUCCUCCGCUGACUCUGGAGCCGGCUGGCCAGCGGGACCGGUACACCUUCAACAAGGAGCAGUACUCCAAGCAGAAGAAACUGAACGAGCUGAAGCGCCUAUACAAGCACAUGCACCCGGAGCUCCGGAAGACCAUGGAGGAGGACUACUUCACCGACGUCACGGAGAUUGAGCAGUCGCAGCUGGAAAGUGAGGAUGAGAUGACUGGCGAAGUCCAGCAGGCCUGCUACGUGUUUGAGAACAGCGGCGGGGAUGAGUGUAUGAGCCCUGAAGGAGAUUACCUUGAGUGGGACGAGAUCCUUAAAGGUGAAGUGCAGUCGAUGCGCUGGAUGUUUGAGAACAAGCCACUGGAUACCAUUAAGGACAAUACCCCGGACGAGAAUGAGGACGUGAAGAACAUCUCUCAGCAAGAGAUCAUUGCGGGAAGUGAUGUCAAAUACACGGCGUGGAUGUUUGAGACCCAACCAAUGGACGCGCUACGCUCAGACACUCCAGACUCCACUGUUCAGGCCGGGAAAUUAUCAGAGCUGGCGAGAGGGGAUGUCCGUACAGCCACCUAUCUUUUCGAAACUCAGCCACUGGAUUGUCUGAAUAAAAUCUACCAGGAGGAUGAGCAAGCCUUGGAGGUAGUCUUCACUAAAGAUAUUACAGGAGGCGAUGUGAAAACAGCCAGGUAUUUGUUUGAAACUCAACACUUAGAUUCCCUCAGCCACACAGAGACAAUUGAUGAGAGUCACUUCCUGAACCUGAAGUCCGAGCUUGAGGAGAUCAAAGGGGAAGUGAAGACCACCACGAGAAUGUUUGAGACCCAGCCCAUGUGUGUCAUCCGGGGUGACUCUGGUGAUAUGCUGGAGAUCACCGCCAUCCGCCGGGAGGAGAUGGAGAAAGGAGAUGUGAAGACCUCCCGCUGGCUGUUCGAGACCCAGCCUCUUGACAUGAUCAACAAGGACCCUGCCCAGAUGAAACUGAUCUGUGGAGUGUCCAUGGAGGACAACUCCCAGGGAGGUGUGAAACGAGGGAGGUGGCUGUUUGAGACAAAGGACCUGGACUCCAUUAAAGAUGAAGAAUGGGAAACCAUCAGGCAAAAGGAAGAGAUCAUUGGAGCUGAUGUUCGGAAGCACUGUCUGGUUUUUGAGACUCAGAAGAUGGAUACUCUAAAAGACAACUCCAAUGCCCGACCUUUACCCUCGGAAGAGAUUGUAGGAGGUGAUGUGCGAUCGGCAAAACAUCUGUUUGAGACAGUACCAAUGGAGAACCUAAAAGAUCUGGCUGAAGUCGGUAAACUUCAGAAGCUGGUUGCGUCCGAGGAUGAGAAAGGGGAUGUUAGACAUCAGAAGUGGGUUUUUGAAAGUCAACCACUUGAAAACAUUAGGGAGGAGAAGAAGGAAAUCAAACGCACUGUACACCUUGAAGAACUUGAUAAGGGAAAUGUCACAAAUCACAAGGAAAUAUUUGAAACUUUAGAUUUAAGCAGGUGUGAGGGGGCACAGAGAAUUCAAGUGGAAGGUGUAACCAGUGGCUCGGUGAAAUCAAACAAAGUUAUUUUUGAAUCAAACCCGAUGUAUGCCAUGCAGGACAGCGAGGGACACUACCAUGAGGUGAAAACUGUGCGGCGUGAGGAGAUUAUGAAAGGAGACGUCAGAAGCUGCAGGUGGAUGUUCGAAACGCGUCCAAUUGAUGAAUUUGAUGAAAGCAUCAAUAAGUUCCAGAUUAUAAAAGGUAUAUCAAAGGAGGAGAUUGGAUCAGGAGAUGUCAAGACGGCCAAGUGGUUAUUUGAGACUCAACCCCUCGAUGGUAUUAAACAUUUCAACAACACAGAAGAAGAUGAAACUAAGGAAAAGCAAUGUUUAGAAAUCGAGAAAGGUGAUGUGAAGACCUGCAGGUGGUUGUUUGAGACGCAACCGAUGGAUAACCUGUAUGAGAAAGCAGAUAAGGUGAUAAAUGAGACUGAGGUCGAGGAAGUCCACAAAGGCGAUGUCAAAACAUGCACGUGGCUCUUUGAGACACAGAACCUUGAUAACAUCUGCGACCAUUCAGAAUCAGAGUCCGAGACCAUUCUCAAAACAUGCACUGUCAAACAAGAGGACGUUCAAGGCAAAGAUGUUCGUCACGCUCGUUUCCUUUUCGAGACUGAGAACCUAGAAAACCUCACAGGGGAGGAAAGUAGUGCAUUUAGGAGGGUGACCAAAAUUGACGUCCAGUCCGGAGACGUGUCCAGGAUGAAGUUUCUCUUUCAGAACCGGUCUUCUGACAUCAUGACUUCAACCUCGGAGGAGACGAUGCAUAAGCUGAAAACCCUUACGACUGAGGAGAUUCAAAGAGGAAAUGUAGUUAACAACAUGUGGCUUUUUGAAAACCAACCUAUAGAUGCAAUCCAUGAGGAUACUAGGGAAGCCAAGGGAACUCGCACAGUUACCGAUGUUCAGGGAGGAAACGUUGGUCAAGGACGCUUUGUUUUUGAGACCUACUCUCUAGAUAAAAUCCAGGAGGAUUCCACCGAGACUGAAACUUCUAAACUGCAGAGCAUCAUCCGACAAGAGACAGAAAAGGGGGAUGUAAAAAACUACACCAUGAUGUUUGAAAAUCAGCCCCUAUAUGCUAUUUGUGACAAAGACGGCCAUUACCACGAAGUUACUACUAUGACAAAGGAAGAAAUCAUGAGGGGAGAUGUGGUGGGGGCCCGUUGGUUAUUUGAAACAAAACCCCUGGACUCAAUUAAAGACACAGACGACGUCUAUGUCAUCAAAUCUGUCACUGAGGAGGAUGUCCAGAAAGGCGAUGUCAACACGGCCAGGUGGAGAUUUGAAACGCAACCCCUUGACGAAAUCGCAGAGGACAUGAAGAUAAAGACUAGAACGGUUGAAGAUAUCCAAGGUGGCGAUGUGAAGACAAACAAACACCUCUUUGAGAUGGACGAAAUGUCUCAGAAGUACGUUAGAACUGUUAGUGUUAGUGAGAUCCAAAAAGGGGAUGUCAGAACUGCCUCGUGGAUGUUUGAAACACGCAGUAUCGAUAAGAUUCAUGGCGAGGCCUCGGAAUAUAACGAAUUGGACAGAGUGACAAAGGAGGAGGUGAUGAAAGGAGAUGUCAAACAGUCCGUGUGGCUCUUUGAGAAAGAACCUCUUGACAGGAUCAAAGAGACGGACAGAACUGGGGCCGUUGUCACCCGAGAGGAGAUCCCAAAAGCAGACGUGAAGACAACAACGUGGCUUUUCGAAACCACUCCCUUAACCGAAUUUAACGAGAGCAACGUAGAAAAAAAUGAAAUAAUUGGGAAAAGCAUCAAAGAGACCCUCGAAGAGCUUUACUGUCAGAAAAUGGUUGACUCAAAGGGGAUUCUCAUUGAGACAGAUGAAAUAGGGGAUGUCAGAAUGGCGAAAUACAAGCUCAUGAAUCAAAACGCUCCGGAAAUCCAGAAGGAAGAGGUGAUCAAAGGGGAUCUGAACAGCAUCAUGAUGAAUCUACUAAGGAGACGGGAAAUGACCGAGAAAGGGAUUACCAUAGACGAAGUGGAAAGGGGCCACAUCAACACAACGGUGGAGCAGCUGUUCAACCGAGAGAAGGGAGUCAGUGUCGAGAAGGAGGAGAUCCUCAGGGGUGACAUUCAGGAGGCCAUCAAUAACCUCCUGAAAGAAGAAGGCUCCACAAAACAUGGAAUUCUCAUCCAAGAGGACGAGAAGGGCGACGUGCGAAUGACAAUAUACUCGCUCCUUAAUAAAGCAGAGGGUGCUGGCCUUGAGAAAGAAGAUAUCAUCCAAGGUAAUGUCAGUAGGACACUUCACAGGCUUAUGUCCAACCCAGGGUCAGAGGACUCCAAGAGGAUAAAGAUAGAAGACACAGAGAGGGGUAAUGUAAGCUUUUACUCCACCUGCAUUGAAUCUGGGGCCCUGGAUUACCUCAAACAACUCCAGUUUGAUCCUAAUGAAGAGACAGAAAAGGUGCAGAAGGAACGUAUAGUUGGUGGGGACAUUAUGGAAACCAAAAUGUCCCUGAGGAAGAAUCAACAGCAGAUUGGAAGAACAGUAGCUGAGGAUGAUAUUGUCCCCGGUGACGUGAACAACACUGUAAAGGUGUUCAUGAUGGAACCUGCUGUUUUGUGGGAGAACCCGCAGAAAGAGGAGAUUGUAAAGGGAGAUCUGAGGGCAGCUCUUGACUCACUGACCAAAACCAUCAGCAAGAAAGUGAUGAUAGAGAAGGAAGAAGUGGUGAAAGGUGACCUGCACAACACUCUGAGGUCUCUGGAGGAGGCACAAAACCAAGCGAAGGAAAUGGAAAAGCCAGAAAUUGUCAGAGGUGAUAUCAGGGGGGCCCUCGAGUCAUUAGAGAAAAUGUCUACCACCAAGACUGAGGUAAUUGUUGAGGAUUUAAUACCCGGUGAUAUCAAAGGCACCUUGAAAUCAUUAGAAGAGGCUAAGCAGGCAGUGAAAGAGAUGGAAAAGGAAGAGAUUGUGAAGGGAGACAUUCACACUGCGCUAAAAGGUCUGCAUGAGGCCUCAAGUGAAAGAAAGCUUUGCCAGCACCAAGUGAGUGAACAGGGGGAUGUAAGAGGUACAAUACAGCUGUUGCUCGAACCAUCCACUUCUCCAAGAAUGCAACGCAGGGGAAGCACUGAGGGAGAUGUGAAGACCUCAAUAAAAAGUCUGUACGAAGGGCAGGGACAGGACCAGGACGAGGAGCAAACACAAGUGGAGAAGGAAGAGGUGAUAAAGGGAGAUGUUAAGGGCGCCAUAAAAAAUUUGAUGCAGAGAAAAGAAUAUUCAAAUCGGAAAAUACGCAAGUAUCCUCCCAGGAAAGCUCCUGUGAAAAACCCAUUACCCACACAGCCAGGACCAAAACAUGAAUACUCAGAUGUGGGUAAGAGUGACAGCAUCCCUGUCAAUUCAGCCCCCGCUGUGAAAAACCUGUCUCUGAGUCAAAGCAAUAAAUUGCAUGGCACCACAGAAAAGCAGAAAGGCAAGCACACCGAUGACAAAUCAGUGAAAAACAGCAAGACCAUAACCCAAGGAGAACACUCCAUGACAACACAGGUCAAAAUAGUCAAUAUUACAGAGUCGUCACAGCAGGAAUGUGUAAAAGAAAAGACUCAAGCUAAUGAACAGACGUGUGUUAAACAACAGAGUCCAAAACAGAUAAUGGAACCCCCAUCCAAGCAAAUAAUCAAAAAAAAGAAAAAUCUGACUGAUGAAAUGACUGAUACUAAGUCAACGAAUCAGAUAACAGAAAUUAAAGCAGCCAAUCAAAUGACUGAGAAUAAAUCCGCAAAACAGAUGAUUGUCAAUAAAUCAUCUAGUCAGAUGACUGAGAAUAAAGAAGUAUCAGAUGUCAAUGUGAUGAAAGAUACAAAGAUUAAGACACAAGUCUCAGACAUAAAUGUGACAACUCAGGUCAACAUGUCUGAGUCCUCAGAGCAGACACAUGUUAAAGAGCAGGUGGUAAAACCAAAAACAGCAUCACCCCCUAAGCCCAUGUUUAUAAAGAAGAAAAAUCUGACCAAUCAGAUGACAGAUAAUAAAGCAAACAGUGUGAUGGUUUUGAAUCAAUCAGCCAAUCAAAAGACUCAAGAUAAAGCCUCCAAUCAGAUGAUUGUAAAUCAAUCAGCCAAUCUGAUGACUGAGAACAAAGCAACCAAACAGAUGAUUGUCAAUAAAUCAUCCAAUCAGAUGAGUGAGAAUAAUACAGUAUCGGACAUCAUUGUGAUCAAAGAAGCAAAGAGUAAAACACAAGUCUCAGACAUGAAUGUGACAACGCAAGUCAACACAAUCAACAUGUCUAAGUCCUCAGAGCAGACACUUGUUAAAGAGCAGGUGGUAAAACCAAAAAUAACAUCACCCCCUAAGUCCAUGUUUAUAAAGAAGAAAAACCUGACCAGUCAGAUGACAGAUAAUAAAGUAGCUAAUCAGAUGGUUGAGAGUAAAUCAGUCAAUAAGAUUGAUGAGAAUAAACAAUCCUCGGACAUAAAAGUGAUGAAAGAAACACAAAGCACAUGGGAAACUAGCACGCUGUCAAAGCAAACGCAGAACAUCAAGAUAACCAAACAGGUAAAAACGUCCGAGUCAGAACAGAAGUCUGUCACGCAGAAACACAAUGUCAAAAAUCUGAAUACCAAUUUCAGGAACCUGGACAUGAAGGGAAAAGGGUUGAUCAAGAAGGGGAAGCCCGAGAUCCAUUUUCCCCCUCCGCCCAUUUCCCCGCCUCCGCCUUCUGAGUCCGAGAUGUCACUCCCACCCCCACCCUCGCCAGUGACAGGCAGCCCACUGCCCCCAUCAUGCAACAGUCCUAUGCCAACCGCAUCACAUCCUCUGAUAAUGCGACAGGACAGUGACCCUCCACCUCCGCCUCCUCCACCACCCAUAGAAUGUGGGGAACCUGACCUUUUCCCUUCUCCCCCACCUCCACCGCCAGUGUCAGGGCAAGACUUUCUUCCUCCUCCACCCUCACAGCAGGAGCUCAACUCUAUGCCACUUCAAGCGCCCACACCACCACCACCACCUGGAAAGCCAUUUAAAACUAGGCCUUUAUUUAAAAUCCCCAAAUCUGAGCCACACACACAACCAGUACCGGUGAAACCAAAAUGUCAGGUAUCGCCACAUGCUCCUUCCCCUCAGCCAAUGACAGUUCAGACAGAACAUAAAGAGAAAGCAGCCUUCAAGGAAGUUACUAGCAAAAUCAGUGUUAAACAGACUGAAGCUACAAAUACUUCCAUCCAAAUACCCUCACCAAUCUCAGUGGAAAAAACCCCACAAGAGCUGCCACGACCACCAAUGAAGGUAUUUGUCCCUCCAAUCAAAAUUCCAACACCUGCUGAAUCUGCCCCAGUGGCAAAACCUAAACAGUUUGCCCGUAAAUUCAAAACCCCCCUGAUGUUGGCAGAGGAGAGGUAUCGUUUGCAAAGAGAGGAAGCUGAGAGAAACAAGUCACAAGCAACAACUCCCAUCACUUCAGGAGCCACAACUCCAACCUCUCCUCCAACUAAUAUUGUGCAAAUGGUUGGCUCAAACAGUGUAGCAAGUGAACAACUCGCAGUUACACAAAAAAAUGAGGGGUUAGAAGAGGCCUCAGAGGAAACUCAGAGGAAAAGCAAAGUAAGCAUAGAAUCAAAAGAGCAACCCAUUAACAAAGAUCAAUCACAUAUUCCCCUGAGCAAGCCUUUGAUCUCAAUGGUAAAUAAGAAAUCAAAAUCUGAACCUGGAAAUAUUUCCUUAGAUAAGAAACAUGUUACCAGUGAUCAAUCCUCUAUAGUCUCUUCUGAGAGACAACUGGGAUCAUCUGUUUACUUAAAAAAACAUCAGUCAGUUUCCCCUGGCAAGCCUAUUUCGGUGUUGGAUGUUCACCCUUGCCAUGAGUCCAACAUUAAAGUUCAAACUGGCUCUAAUGUGAUUUAUUCCUCUGUUGCUGAGCAGCAGAGUGUUAUGAAAGCUGCUUCACAGUCUAUCAUCUCCACUCAAAGCGUUGUCCAGGAAAAUGUAAAUCUUAAAAUCCAAUCCACCAUCACAUCUGAACCAGAAAAGACAAAGAAUACAAAUGCCUCUCUCGCAAGGGAAGUCAAAAAUAUUCCAUCUCAACCAACCAAAAUCAAAAUCCCCAAAGUGACUCCCAAUUUCAAAGUGAGAACAGCGAAGCAGCCAAUAGAGAAGAAAGACGAGAAAAAUGAGGCUGUGCAUGGAGAUCAACAAGCAUUGAAAAGUGAAUUACACGUUGAUCAUACAGGCUUGGAGAUUUUGUGUGCAACCCAAGAAGUUCAAGAGAGUACCAAGACGGGCAAAACUUGCUUAAUUAAAGACGAAGUCAAUGUGGAGAUAUCUGAGGAAAUUGAGAAUACUGCAGCUUCCAAGGAAACAAAGCUGGAUGUACAAAUGAAGACAAAUGCAAAGCAAACAGGCAUUAAUGUCGUCCCUUUGCCCAAAGAACCAAAGCUAGUUCUCAUGCCAGUAUCUCAAGCUCAAGGACAGGGCCACAAAUCCCUCUCCCAAACUCAUCAAAGCAUGCGGGGACAGACCACUCAGAAACACAAGGAAGUGAUUGUUAGUGAGAGAGCAGGACAACAGAGCUUCCACAAAAAGGAACAGUACGUUCACACUCAGAAGCAGCAGGUCAAGUCCUUUCAACAACAAAGAGAGCCGAGCAGUAAGGAUCAAGACAAGCCAAAGGCAGAGUCUAUGUCUGUCUCCGUUAGCGUUGCAGGGAAAGAACCUGCACAGACAGAAACUGCUCUAUCGGUGGUAGAAAGCACAGCUCAGUUAGUAGAGGACCUCACAGAUUCAGAGAAAUGUCUAAUGGUACAGAAGCUGCUAUUUAACAUCAAGCAGCUUCAUCCAGGGAAAAUGGAUUCCAACUCCGUGAUGACAAUGCUUGGUGAAGUCCCUGAUUGGUUGAUAAGGGUGGAGGAAAAGCAUGAUUUGAUACAGGUUGCCAUGCAACAGGAUAAGAAGAAACAUAUGGAGAUAGUUUUCCGUGUGAGAAACAUAGCACAAGCUAAGCUUGUGUUAUUAAAAGGAAACCUGGCCCAGCGGGAAAGUGAACCCGUUCCUGCAACACCACCUGCGCCAUCACCUUUAUUGGCAUCUGAAAAUAAAGCAUUUGGAGGAGCGAAUGCCAAGAUAUCUAAAAUAACGAUUGGUUCGUCAAGAGUCGAAACCCAAAAUAAAGGGGUUGAGGACAAGAUCUCCUAUGAGAGGAAAAAGCAGGAGUGGUUUGAAGUGAAAGGUGCUGACCCCAGAGUUUCCUCUCCAAUUCUUGCCAUGCGUACUCCUUCACCCACCUUCAUAAGCAUUGAAUCAGUGAGAAGAACAGACUCACCCCUCAGGGUGACCCCCUCACCUCCUCCGUCGUACAAGUGUGGCGCAACCCCUCAAACCCCACCCCCCCCUCCGCGCACCCCUACGUCUCGGUUCUGUAGGGCCACACCGUCUCCAACUUUGAGCCGCUCAGAGAAGCUAGCCAAACUAAAGGACACCACGGCCAAGCUCUCUCGUGGCAUGACCCCUCCCCCGCCCGUGCCGGUGCCUGUCGAGUUUAUUUUGACAGAGCAAGCCUUUGACAGAGAAGAUUCACCGGGACUAAUUGAGCCUGAGAUCCACAUGCAGACGCAGGAAAUGGAGACUGGGACAACAACUCCGGAUGUGGCUGAUAUGGUGGACUCUAUGAUGACUGUCAGAGACAAAAAGUUCUUCUUUGAGGAGGCUCAGAAGGCGGACAUAAGCAGAACGUAUAUACGAAAGGACCCCAUCGAGAUCCCGGAGCGCCUGGGUCCAGAGGACCAAGAGGAACGUCCCGAAGGCCUGGAGAUAGACAUAAUGAAGGAGGAUCUCCCUCGGCUUGACCUGUCAAAACUGGUCAAUAAAUUUGAAUCCCCACAACCAAAGGUGUACAUCAGAAAAGAUCCCAUUGUCAUCACAGAGAGACUAGGGAGUGACACGGAAGAUCCAGAGGCCGACCUCAAAACACAGAAAAACGAUGAAGCGCCUGCAUUCAAUAUCAAGGCCAUCAAGAAUGCCUUUGAUUUAGGAGACAGUAAUGCCCUCAAAGAAGUACGAGAGAAACAAGAGGAGAGAGAAGAGAGAGUCCGGAGGGAAUCAGAGUCAGCCGACCUGACAGGGAACUGUGAAACCAAGUCCGUUGCAGAGGCGUUCUCAAUUGUGGACGAAUUUGGCAACGUCACAAGCGGGGUGACGAGCGAGACCAGCAUGCACUCUGAGAGCCAUAUGAGUCUGCCCCUUCCUCCAUCCUACGCGGACGUUGUGAAAGGGAAGCUUGAUGAAAUCGUUGUUCCUAUGGAGGCGGCCACCGAGGACCUGCUGAAGAAUUUCCACCAGUCCUGGGCCGAAAGCGAGAGUGUGUUUCAAAACCUGGGCUUCAGCGUGUCCGAACAGCGAACGUCCCAGAUCGUAACACACCAGCAGGAGACAGUUGUGACCGAAAAUUCGAGUUCCAGAGUCAGAAGUGUGCACGGUGUGUCGGAAGAGGGUGUAUCCGAUGGAGUCUCUGAUUGCGGACAGGCAAAACUUCCAUAAAACCUGCUUCCGUUGUGAGCACUGCAAUGGCAAACUAAGCCUUGGCAACUAUGCCUCUCUCCAUGGACGAAUGUACUGCAAGCCACAUUUUAAACAACUUUUCAAGUCCAAAGGGAAUUAUGAUGAAGGAU